CAUGCGCGAAGGGGUGCAGAUGCGCUGCGCAGAGUGGGUUGUGCUAGUGCCCCUCCCCUCCCGCUCUGUGCCCCGCCGGGCGGGGACCGUGGGAGCCGCGGACAAGCCCAAGGCCGGAGCGGUUCCAGGAGGACCCUGGUCUGCACCUGUGGUUGCCAGGUAGGUGGAUGUGAGCGACCCUACCCUCCUGGUUCUCUAGAAGCCAUCCCAUCGCCGCUGGCACCAUGCUGUCUCCUCAGAGAGCUUUACUCUGCAACCUCAAUCACAUCCACCUCCAGCACGUCUCCCUGGGCCUGCACUUGUCCCGCCGUCCUGAGCUACGGGAAGGGCCCUUGAGCACAUCCCCUCCCCCAGGAGACACUGGGGGCAAGGAGAGCAGGGGACCCUGCAGUGGCACCCUGGUGGACGCCAAUUCCAACAGCCCAGCUGUGCCCUGCCGGUGCUGCCAGGAGCACGGUCCGGGCCUAGAAAACCGGCAGGACGCAUCACAGGAGGAAGAGGGGGCUGCCUCUCCCUCAGACCCAGGCUGCUCUUCCUCGCUCAGCUCCUGCUCAGAUCUUAGCCCCGAUGAGUCCCCUGUCUCAGUCUACUUGCGGGACCUCCCUGGUGAUGAGGAUGCCCACCCUCAGCCCAGUAUCAUCCCCCUGGAGCAGGGUUCCCCACUGGCUUCAGCAGGCCCUGGCACCUGCUCACCGGACAGCUUCUGCUGCUCUCCUGAUUCCUGCUCCGGAGCUUCUUCUUCACCCGAUCCUGGCCUGGACUCGAACUGCAACGCCCUGACCACCUGCCAGGACCUCCCUUCCCCAGGCUUGGAGGAAGAGGAUGAGAGCGCGGACCAGGAUCUCCCUACUUCUGAGCUCUUAGAGGCGGAUGAUGGGAAAAUCGACGCUGGGAAAACGGAGCCCAGUUGGAAGAUUAACCCAAUUUGGAAAAUUGACACAGAGAAAAUUAAAGCUGAAUGGAAAACCACGGAAAACAAUAACACUGGCUGGAAAAACAACGGGAAUGUUAACUCUAGCUGGAAAAAUGAACCUGAAAAAUUCGACUCUGGUUGGAAAACCAACACAAGAGUAACUGAUUCUGGCUCGAAAACAGAUGCAGGGAAAAUUGAUGGAGGAUGGAGAAGUGACGUCAGCGAGGAGCCGGUGCCCCACCGGACAAUCACGUCCUUCCACGAGCUGGCCCAGAAGCGCAAGCGGGGCCCAGGGCUGCCCCUCGUCCCGCAGGCCAAGAAAGAUCGCAGUGACUGGCUCAUAGUCUUCUCGCCCGACACUGAGCUGCCCCCCUCGGGGUCGCUGGGCGGCUCCUCGGCACCUCCUCGGGAAGUCACCACCUUCAAGGAACUCCGGUCCCGAAGCCGGGCCCCACCCCCGCCAGUCCCGCCUCGAGACCCCCCAGCUGGCUGGGCUUUGGUCCCUCCUCGGCCCCCACCCCCGCCUGUCCCUCCCCGAAGGAAGAAGAACCGACCCGGACUGCAGCCCAUAGCGGAGGGGCAGUCCGAGGAGGGCCGGGCUGUCAGCCCAGCGGCUGGCGAGGAGGCCCCAGCCGCGAAGGAGCCGGGAAAGCCGGGCGCGCAGGCCGGCCUGGAGGUCCGUAGUUCGUGGUCCUUCGCCGGUGUCCCCGGAGCCCAGCGGCUGUGGAUGGCAGAAGCCCAGAGUGGGACUGGUCAGCUGCAGGAGCAGAAGAAAGGUCUCCUGAUAGCCGUCAGCGCCUCCGUGGAUAAAAUCAUCUCGCAUUUCGGGGCCGCCCGGAACUUGGUGCAGAAGGCCCAGUUGGGUGAUAGCCGGCUGAGCCCGGAUGUGGGGCACCUGGUGCUGACCACCCUCUGCCCGGCCCUCCACGCCCUGGUGGCGGACGGGCUGAAGCCUUUCCGGAAGGACCUCAUCACUGGGCAGCGCAGGAGCAGCCCCUGGAGCGUGGUGGAGGCGUCGGUGAAGCCAGGCUCCAGCACCCGCUCCCUUGGAACCCUGUAUAGCCAGGUCAGCCGUCUAGCCCCGCUGAGCAGCAGCCGUAGCCGCUUCCAUGCGUUUAUCCUGGGCCUUCUCAACACCAAGCAGUUGGAGCUGUGGUUUUCCAGUCUCCAGGAAGAUGCAGGCCUGCUCUCCCUCCUGUACCUGCCAACAGGAUUCUUCUCCCUGGCCCAUGGUGGCUGUCCCUCCCUGUCCACAGAGCUGCUGCUCCUGCUGCAGCCUUUGUCGGUGCUCACCUUCCACCUGGACCUGCUCUUUGAGCACCACCACCACCUGCCCCUGGGCCCGCCUCAGGCGCCUGCCCCUCCAGGCCCGCCUCCGGCUCUGCAGCAGACUAUGCAAGCCAUGCUGCACUUGGGGGGCCGGCUGGCCCAGAGCCUUUGGGGGACUUCCAAGGAAGCUGCUCCAGACCCCUCAGACUCUCCAAACCUUCCCACACCAGGGAGCUGGUGGGAGCAGCUGACCCAGGCCUCCCGGGUCUAUGCCUCUGGGGGUACUGAGGGCUUUCCUUUUUCCCGAUGGGCACCGGGGCAUCAUGGGACUGCAGCUGAAGAAGGUGCACAGGAGAGACCCCUGCCCACAGAUGAAAUGGCACCAGGCAGGGGCCUCUGGUUGGGAAGACUAUUUGGAGUGCCUGGGGGCCCCACAGAAAAUGAGAGUGGAGCCCUAAAGUCCAGGAGACCAUCUAGCUGGCUGCCCCCGACAGUGAGUGUGUUGGCUCUUGUGAAGCGGGGGGCACCUCCUGAGACGCCUUCUCCUCAGGAGCUUGAGGCCUCAGCACCCAGCAUGGUGCAAACCCAUAGGGCAGUUCGGGCUCUCUGUGAUCAUACUGCUGCAAGACCUGACCAGUUGAGCUUCCGGCGUGGGGAAGUGCUGCGUGUCAUUACCACAGUGGAUGAGGACUGGCUCCGCUGUGGGCGGGAUGGCGUGGAGGGUCUGGUGCCUGUGGGGUAUACCUCCCUUGUUCUGUAGCCCUGGGAUCCUUUCCUGCGUAUGUGUCUCCUUCCUGUCACCUGGGAAUGGAAUGGCCAGUGAACACCAUCCCAGAAGCAUUUUCCCUGUCUGAAAAUGACAUUUCUUCCCACAUUUCUGCUAAUGUUUAAAAUAAACUUUCCUUCUUCCCUCCUAUACCCACCUGUAAGGUGAAAUCUGCUCUUCUUCCAAAUAUAUCAAAAGGGAAUUGCCCUCCAGGAAAUCCCUUUCCUUUUUCCCAUCUGUAUAAGGGAAUGUCUUCCUUCCUAUCUAUCUGCAAAAUGGAAAUCUAGACCUCCUUCUUCAUCCAUAAGUGGACUGUGCCAGUACAAUACAUGCCUCAGCCCCCAAGCCUAGAAGGACCUCUAGUCUCCUUCCUGCGUAUGGACUCUUCCUCACUCCACCCCUCCCACGUUGUCUGUAUUGAUAAUGUACUCAUGCUGUACUAGGUGCUGAAGCCUGGACACCCCUGGUGGGUGGGCCUGUGGUGAUGAUUUGCAUCCUUCCUCCUUUGUCCCAAUAAAGUAUGGGAGUUGAA